AUGUCGGUUGGCUGGGUGGUAGUUUUGAAGAAUUGUUUUUUUCAGAACAUUCAUCGUGGUAUGGACAGUGAGAACCAGGAAUGUAAAAUUUGCCUGCAGUCAUUGGCUCAUGCCGAGAAGUUGCUCGAAUGCCCUUCCUGUGAGGAUUCCUUUCAUCACGAGGGCGGCGAGCAAAUUGUCAGCGAUCGUCAUUUGUCAUUGUUCUCAAAGCAGAUCUGCUUUGUUGAGAAAACUUGGGAUGAAAACGUAGGGAAUUAUAAACUCUUGCAAGUUCUGAUGUAUGAGUUGCAGUGCGGAGUGAGAUGGCUGCAACAGAACAGCACGUGCCCGAACUGUCGCCGACUAUGGAGCAACCCGGAUGAAUUCCCGACUUUAACCAGUACU